GCUGAAAUUUUGUUUGGAGGGGCAGCACCGAAGCGAAAGCUACACCCAAAGCUGCUGCCAGGGAAAAGCAAACCAGCCAAGACAGCAACCAAACGAAAAGCAGCAUCUUCCCCCCCGGACCCAAGACCUGCGCCGGAGCUUUCGAGGACAAAAACCCCGACCGCCACGCCAGCAGCAGCGAGCGCGAUGGCGCAGAACCCCUACCUCCUGGCGGCGGACAACAGCCCCGCGCUGCUGCCCCUCCUGCGCGAGGACCCGGCGCUGGCGGCGCGGCAGGACGAGCACGGCUACAGCCUCGUGCACGCGGCCGCGUCGUACAACCACCUCGACCUGCUGCGGGCCCUGGUGCGCGAGCUGGCCGUGCCCGUCGACCUGCGCGACGAGGACGGCGAGACGGCCCUGUUCGUCGUCGAGACGGUCGCGGCCGCGCGCGCGCUCGUCGAGGAGCUGGGGCUCGACCCGGCCCUGAGGGGCGACGACGGCCUCACGGCCCGUCAGAAGCUCGAGGCCGACGACGAGUUCCCAGACGUCGUCGAGUACCUGAGGCGCAAGGAGGCCGGCACAAACGGCGUCGCGAACGGGGAGUCUGCCGGCGCCGGCGGCAGCAGCAGCAGCAGCAGCAGCAGCAGCGCCGGUCUGCCUCAACCACCCGAGGGCUUGUCCGUCACCAUGGGCACCAUGCCGGAUCCCGAGACCGAGGACGUCCCGCCACCGAACCCGGAGCUCAGGCGGAGGAUAGAGGAGCUCGCGACACGAGAGGACCUGAGCCCGGCCGAGAGCCAGGCCCAGCUGCGCCAGCUAGUCGAGGAGGUUCUCGCCGGACAGGGUCUGGCCGAGGAGCGCAGCGUGCGGCCACGACAGGGCGAGUGAUGGGGACAGCCAUCCCUACACAACACGAGGCAAAUGAACAAGGAGAAUGAACGGAUUGGAACAUCAGAUGGUCAAGCCGUCUAGGUCAGGGCUCUCAUUGAUGGACGUUGCGAAUACCAAAAAGGGGGUAUAAAGUAGGGAGCCAAACGGACUGGAGAUAAUCCCGCAGAAAAAGGAACGUCCGAACGGGGAGCCAAAAGUUUCCGGUGACCCAUUCACUCGUGGCUCUUGACUUCCCAUUGCAGAUACUCCCCAGGGGCUCCAGGCGGGCGCAUAACGGUCAGCUCGGGUCCGCCGUUGGCUAGGCCCCUGGAGGAAGCGUCGAAUGCGCCGAGGCUGAGCGCGAACCAGGCGCGGGACGGCACGGCUGAGAGCGCGUCGAUGAAGAGGCCUCGCGCCCACUCGGCGGGGAGCAGGCCGCGCCACGUCAGCUUACAGAGGGUGUCUGCCUUGGUGCCUUCAGGCAGGUUGUCGUCCGGGACGCGGUACAGGCUCAGGUACGGGUCUACGUCGUCGUCGGGCGCGACGCGAGGGCUACACAGGCGGAUCAACGACAGCCACUCGUACGUCUCUGUUGCGAACCGCUCGGACUCUUCCCUAUCACCCAGAGCCGAUGUGUCCGGGCUUGGUUUGAGCGAGGGGACGAGCGCUGAAAUCGACUGGACUAUGCCCGGCGACGAGGUGAAUGUGGUGGGGAAAUGGGCAGCCAGAGGAUCAGGGUCAGGGGCUUGGACAUCAAAUGUCAGUUUCCGGGCGUGGGCUAGCAGGGUGGCGCGGCGAGAUGGACUUACUUUUUGAUAGAUUACAAAAUAGCCAGGCCACUGGGAAGUUGAUCGCGUUCUUGGUGGCGUAUACAAGCCUGUCGAAUCCCUUCUUCCCCGGGAAGGCGUAUGGUGCGCAGAGGUCGUAUUCGACAACUGAACAUUCUCGUGUUAGUCAGGGACAGUUGGGUGUCGGCCGUAGCCACCGAGAAAGGAACUAGUGCGUACUCCAUCUUGGCUUGGAGCACCUGUCACCCUUGACACCAUGAGUCUCACCCA